AUGUGUUUAAUACAAAGGUCCUUUAUUGAAGCUGGGUACACGGUCUACAGGAAGGAUGUGAUCCAGCACCACCUGAAAUCCGAACUGCAUCAAUACAGUGUGGGAAAGCAGGCGUCCCUGGCUUCAGGCCUCAGUGUGGUGCAGGCUUUUGAGCCCAAUAUUGUCAUGGAGCAUGAAGCCAUCAUAGGAGGGUUCAAAUGCCUAUACUGGCUCAUGAAGAAUGAAAUAUCGCACCACAACAACUACCCAAAGCUCCUCAGCCUAACGCAAUUAUUGGGUUGCAGCUACUUUGCAAAGCUGAAGCUGGACCAGAGGAGUAAUUAUCACUCCCACAGGAUUGUGGACGAAAUGCUGGAGAUCCUUGCGAAGAUUGUAGAGUCCUCUAUCAUGGAGAAGAUGAGGGCCUCAGCAGCUAUCGGCCUUGAGGUGGAUGAAACCACAGAUGUUUCUGUGAUCCGGCAGCUCGAUCUACAUGUCAGACUCCUGGACAAGGAUGGACUCGUCUACACGCACUUCCUUGACCUGGUCCCAUUGGACGAUGGGAAGGCUGAUACAGUUGUUGCUGCCAUCAAACGCGUGAUUCAGGAGAAGGGGCUCCCGACUAACAAGCUAUACGGGCUCGGGACUGAUGGAGCAGCAGUGAUGACUGGUCGUCUGAAUGGUGUGGCCAAGCAGCUCACUGAUGAUAUCCCGUGGCUGUGGCCUGCGCGGCCCAUAGACUGGCGCUGGCGUGUAAGGGGGCCUCAGAGACGGUGA